AUGGACUCACAAGCCGACGAUUUCUAUUCUUCCUUUGAGCCCUAUGGUUCUGAAUUCACAAAGCAAGGUGGUGGCCUUGACUUCGCUUCAUUUCACUCGCCUUCAGACAUCCUCGCACCCCAUCCCGAUCUAUUCGAAUUAGAACUGGAUUCAAGCCUUGCGGCUUUCAACGAAGUCCAGCUCCAGCUCCUCACCGUAGAUUCCAACGACGCUUACUCCUUUUUGAGAUCCGAUACUCCAACGUGUGGUCCUCCUUCCACGAUCACCGUUUCCUCCGAGUCCACAUACGACACUCUUUCCACUCACUCAGAGUCCCUCUAUAACUACCCGGAUUCUCCUUCCUUUUCUGCCAAUUGUUCCUUUCCUUUAGACCUAGAGAUGGAUUUCCAGCGCGUUCGUGUCGGUGGUAGCGCUUGCUCCGACUAUGGUAUUAAUUCCGCUGCGCAGUCCAACAAUAAUUCUCUUCCCAUGACUGUCGACCCCAGCACUUUUGGGACCUUGCCCCUUAGCCCCCGCAGUCCUUCUGCGACUGCGCCUGCCGUAGACAAUUCCUAUAAGCGCACAAGCUUCUCAGACUACGGUGGCGCAACUCGCAUUCCUGCGGUCCCGAAGUCCUCGACCGCAGAGUAUUUCCUCAGCUAUAUUUCUAGCGACUCCGCCGUCGCGCCAUCUAACAUGUCGCAAUUAUCCGCAUCCUCCUCCCCCCCACCUCUUGCAAGGUCACUCAGGGGCGUUGACGAUCAAUCCAAAGACGAUCCUCGUAAGAGAUACCAAUGUCCUUCAUGCCCCCGAGCAUUUGCACGGGCUUACAACUUGAAGACGCACAUGGCAACCCAUGACCCAAACCGUCUCAAACCCCAUGUGUGCCCUCACCGCUCAUGCGGGCGGUCUUUUAGCCGCAAACAUGAUCUCGGUCGUCACUUGGUCAGCAUCCAUCGUGACGAGUCCGUGGCUUCUACACCAUCUGCAGCAGUGAAGUCUAUAGGUGUCGACAACGGUCACAGGAGUUGGUGUGAUAGCUGUGGUAAAGGAACAGUCGGUGCCUCGUCCCAGUGCUUGUGCGCCGACAUAAAAUAG